GAUCUAGAUAGGAAAAUCUAGACUGCGGUCAAUACCAAUUUAAAAAAAUGUCACUCUCGGUCUCUACGGCAACCUCAAAAACCAACGACAAAUUGUAUUGCGCUGGAAAAGCCAAGACGCCUGUUUUCGCCAAAAAUUGCAGCGAUGAAGUAUGGCUGUUCGCAGAUCCUGUUUUUUUCGUGGAAUAUGGAGGAAAAUCUCUGAUCAAAGUCCGCAAUGGCAUCAUUCCUAAAGUUUACCUUUGGGAACUCGAAAUUAGUGAUUGCAAGUUCGCGGAAAAACAUCCUGCGUUUGAUGGAGUCUUCGUGUGCUCUUGUCCUCCAGAGGAUCUGUCAUUACUACCGUGGACAAAAUCUGAAGAACCGCCCUCUGGAGAAGUGACGUCUCUGUUAGAUGCCAAAGUUCUCCGACAACUUGUCAGAGUGUAUCUGACAAGCAAUCCUCCCAAAACCGCACAAGAUUUUAAUUCUCAGGCCGAGCUGAAGGCCGUGAGCCAUUGGCGCUGGCUCAAGGAUGGUGCUGAGGCGGAGUUAGUGCCCGGUCCUCACCAUGAUCAACGGCUUAAAGAAGCAGCCGAUUUUGUAUUGGUACAAUGGAAAAAAGAGCUGAUCGAGCAGGAGAAAAAAGUUCAACAGCCACCAUCUAAGAAGGAGAAGCUGGACAGUGAUCGUGAAGAUCAAUCACGCAGUGAAGACGACAUCAUCUCAGAUCUCAAACAAGGCAUUUUCUUUUUGACGAUGUAUUAUGGAGGAAAAGAUUAAAAGACCUCGCAGCCUCCUCCAACGUCGAUAAAGAGCCGUUUUUGUAUGGAAUUUGAUUUGCAGUAGAGAAGGCUCAGAAUUUUGGGCA